AUGGAGGGUACUGAUACAGUUUCUCAUAAAAGGAAACGCAAACGAAAAUGGAAGCCCGUAAGUUUGGAUUCAGUUGAGUUUUUUCACGGUGAUAUGACUGGAUUUGUUUCAUUGGAAGUUUUGGAAGGCGAAGAUUUAGAGUACGAACCUGGGGGGAAGGUCAUGAAGCAAGGUGAAGAAGAUGUUGAGUGUGCAAUAACG